AUCAAACAAUCCACUACGUUUUCCAACCAACGACCCCAUCAUCCAUUUUUUCACUGUACUGAAUCUCAACAUCAGCAUUCUCGCAUUGUUUAACAAAACAUUCUUAUUGGAUAUGUCAAACACCAGUUUUGUCUGGGAUCACUUUGAGAAGUCUGAAGACGGCACCAAUAGAUGUACUGUUGUCAAAAAGAACGGGGAGAUAUGCAACUCAGCACUCGCAAAGGACAAGUCUUCAAGUACGAAGUCGAUGAUUGUUCACCUUAAAACCCAACACGGUAUAAUUGAUCCAGCUAAGAAGGGAAAACACGCCAACAUCGACGUACUAAUGAAAACGGGGACACUUGAAGUUAAUGUGUGUUUUGAACUGUAUCACCACUUCUAAGAGCAAAUGAUCAGAUACAUAUGAAUUUUGUUUCUAUAAUCUCCAGGAUAAACUCAACAUCGAGAGUUUGAAGACUCAUGUGGUGUAUCUAGUGGCUGAUGCGGACCUUCCCUUCUCAAUUGUGGAGCGUCUGUCUUUCCUGAAUCUCUUGAAGUUGUGUAAUCCAAGCACCGAAGGAAUGCAAGUGAAGCGUCAUGCAAUUGCCGCUCAAGCGCACAAGAUUUUUGAACAAACUCAAGAAUAUGUUACAGAGGUGGAGUUGAAAAAGAGCGAUUUUGUUUCUGUCACCACCGAUGCUUGGACUUCACC